UCCUUGCUGGGCAGGCUCCGGGCCUCGCCAGGUCUGGGCUUGCCGGCCGCGCGGUGGAGGAGUUGUGGGACUCAGUCGACCGAUGCCAGGUGCCCAGAGGCCGGAGGUCCGUGCGCCGCGGCCCCGGCCCCGGCCCGGGCCUCGCCCCGCGCCCCUCGCCAUGGGCCUGGCCCUUGCCCGCGGGCCCUGACCAUGGAGCAGGGCUGGCCGCCCGGGGACAGCUGCAGCCGGGAGCGGCCCGCCGCCUGCCGCCGCGCCCUCAGUGUCUGCGACUCGCUGGACCUGCACGGCGCCCCGGCCGACCGCGCGGCCCCCGCCCUGCCGGCCGCCCUGUGCGCUGGGCGCGAGCCGCCGGCACGGCCGCUGAGCGUGUGCUCCGGGGACCCGGGGCCGGCGCCCUCCGGCGCCCGCAGCCUGCUGCUCGGCUUCCUGCGCCCGCGCCUCGGUCGCCGAGGCCCCGCCGACGGCCGCCCGCUGGUCCCGGGGCCCGCGCCCCCCGAGCGCCCCGGCUCCGCCGCGCCCAGCCCCGCGCCCGCUCGGCGCAGCCGCUCCGGGGGCUCCCAGGCGCCGCGGCCGCGGCCCACCAGCAUGACGUUCCUGGAGGUGAACCGCCUGGAGCUGGCCGAGGCCGAGGCGGGCGCGGGGCUGGGGCGCGCGGGCAGCGCCGGCUUCCUGCGGGGCGCCUCGCUCUGGAGCAGCCAGCGCUGGCAGGUGUGGCGCGGCGGCGGCGGCGGCGGCGGGCGCGCGGCCCCGGGGCCCCGGCGCGGCCUGUCGGCGCUGAAGAAGAGCUUCAGCUUCCGCCUGCGCCGCGGCCAGGAGAUCCGGCGCUCGGAGUCGGGGCCGCUGCCCCGCGCGCGCACCCGCAGCGACGGCGACGCCAGCUCGCUGGGCGCCUUCCCCAGCCGCCGGGACUUGCUGCUGGGCGCCGAGGCCCCGCGCGCCGCGCCCGAGCCCGGUCGCCCCCGCUCCGCCGCCGGCCUCUGGAAGCUGCUCACCAGCCGCUUCCGCCGCAGGGACCCCGCGCCGCAGCCCGCGCCCGUCGAGCCGCUGUGGAGCCGCCGGGCGGCCGCCGCCCCCGGGCUCCUGGGCGCGCUGAGCGACUCCUUUGUGAACAGCCAGGAGUGGACCCUGAGCCGCUCGGUGCCGGAGCUUAAAGUGGGCAUUGUGGGGAACCUGUCUAGUGGAAAGUCGGCCCUUGUGCACCGCUAUCUGACGGGGACCUAUGUCCAGGAGGAGUCCCCUGAAGGGGGUCGGUUUAAGAAGGAGAUUGUGGUGGAUGGCCAGAGUUACCUGCUGCUGAUCCGAGAUGAAGGAGGCCCACCUGAGCUCCAGUUUGCUGCCUGGGUGGACGCGGUGGUGUUUGUGUUCAGCCUGGAGGAUGAGAUCAGCUUCCAGACAGUGUACAACUACUUUCUGCGCCUCUGCAGCUUCCGCAACGCCAGCGAGGUGCCCAUGGUGCUGGUGGGCACGCAGGAUGCCAUCAGUGCCGCCAACCCCCGCGUCAUCGACGACAGCAGGGCCCGCAAGCUGUCCACAGACUUGAAGCGCUGCACCUACUAUGAGACGUGCGCCACCUACGGGCUCAAUGUGGAGCGCGUCUUCCAGGACGUGGCCCAGAAGGUGGUGGCCUUGCGGAAGAAGCAGCAGCUGGCCAUCGGGCCCUGCAAGUCACUGCCCAACUCCCCCAGCCACUCGGCAGUGUCCGCCGCCUCCAUCCCGUCCGUGCACAUCAACCAGGCCACGAAUGGCGGCAGCAGCGCAUUCAGCGACUACUCGUCCUCAGUCCCCUCCACCCCCAGCAUCAGCCAGCGGGAGCUGCGCAUCGAGACCAUCGCUGCCUCCUCCACCCCCACACCCAUCCGCAAGCAGUCCAAGCGGCGUUCCAACAUCUUCACGUCUCGGAAGGGUGCCGACCUGGACCGGGAGAAAAAGGCCGCCGAGUGCAAGGUGGACAGUAUCGGGAGUGGCCGGGCCAUCCCCAUUAAACAGGGCAUCCUGCUGAAGCGCAGCGGCAAGUCCCUGAACAAGGAGUGGAAGAAGAAGUACGUGACGCUCUGUGACAACGGGCUGCUCACCUACCACCCCAGCCUGCACGAUUACAUGCAGAACAUCCACGGCAAGGAGAUCGACCUGCUGCGGACAACAGUGAAAGUGCCAGGGAAGCGCCUGCCCCGAGCCACGCCGGCCACAGCCCCCGGCACCAGCCCCCGGGCCAACGGGCUGGCCCUGGAUCGGAGUAGCACGCAGCUGGGUGGGGGCACAGUCUUACCCUUCCCCUCUCCAGGCGCCCCCCACUCGGCCAGCAGUCCUGCCUGGGCUGGCCUGCGUCCCGAGGGGCUGCACCAGCGCUCCUGCUCCGUUUCCAGUGCCGACCAGUGGAGUGAGGCUGCUGCCCUGCCCCCAGCCAGUGGCCCAGCUGAGGUGCUCGGUUCCAGCCCCAAGCUGGAGCCUCCCCCAUCUCCCCACUCCAACCGGAAGAAGCACCGGAGGAAAAAGAGCACCGGGACCCCCCGACCAGACGGCCCCAGCAGUGCUGCCGAAGACGUGGAGGAGUCCUUUGAAUUUGUGGUGGUGUCCCUCACCGGGCAGACGUGGCACUUCGAGGCCUCGACGGCAGAGGAGCGGGAGCUGUGGGUACAGAGCGUGCAGGCCCAGAUCCUCGCCAGCCUGCAGGGCUGCCGCAGCGCCAAGGACAAGACUCGACUGGGGAACCAGAAUACAGCUCUGGCUGUGCAGGCCGUCCGUACUGUUCGUGGCAACAGCUUCUGUAUCGACUGCGACGCCCCCAAUCCAGACUGGGCCAGCCUGAACCUGGGCGCCCUGAUGUGUAUCGAGUGCUCAGGGACCCACCGACAUCUUGGGGCUCACUUGUCUCGGGUCCGUUCCCUUGACCUCGAUGACUGGCCACCUGAGCUGCUGGCUGUCAUGACUGCCAUGGGCAAUGCCCUGGCCAAUAGCGUCUGGGAGGGGGCUCUGGAUGGCUAUGCAAAGCCAGGGCCUGACGCCUGCAGAGAGGAGAAGGAGCGCUGGAUACGGGCCAAGUACGAACAGAAGCUCUUCCUGGCCCCACUGCCGAGCUCAGAUGUGCCACUGGGGCAGCAGCUGCUCCGGGCCGUGGUGGAGGACGACCUGCGGUUGUUGGUGAUGCUUCUGGCACAUGGGUCCAAGGAGGAGGUGAACGAGACUUAUGGCGAUGGGGACGGGCGGACGGCUCUGCAUCUCUCCAGUGCCAUGGCCAAUGUUGUUUUCACACAGCUGCUCAUCUGGUAUGGAGUGGACGUGAGGAGUCGGGAUGCCCGGGGCUUGACUCCACUGGCCUAUGCUCGCCGGGCUGGAAGCCAGGAGUGUGCAGACAUUUUGAUCCAGCAUGGCUGCCCUGGGGAGGGCUGUGGCUUAACACCUACCCCCAACAGAGAGCCUGCCAAUGGCACCAACACCUCUGCUGAGCUGCACCGAAGCCCUAGCCUCCUUUAAGGCCCAGGAAGAGGGCAGUGGUCAGAAGGACUCCAUACCCUGGGUACCUCCUCCCAAUAGGCACUGGGGAAAACAAAAAUACAGAGACUGAGAAGUAGAGACAUGCAGAAAGGAAGAAGGAGACAAACAAACAGCUAAAUGGGGCGACAGAUCAGAGGAGACGUCUGGGAUUUGAGCUGCAGCAGAGAGGGUGUGGAGGUAUUUAGCCUUCUUCCCUGUGGUGCCAUUGAGAAGGGACAGGACCCUUUGGAGGUACCUGUAAGGAGAGGGGAGCAGGACCUCUCCCUCCUCCAGAUUGCUACCCUCCAGUGCCAGCCCCCUGCGAACUUCAUCUCAAAGUGGAGCCUGGAUAAAGCACAGGUUGGGGGUGCUGGAUGAAAUACAAGGGGGUGAUCUGUGAGUCCCAUGUAAAUUUGUACAUUCAAAUAUUUAUGUUUGUGUACAUAUUUGGUGUGAGUGUAUGAUGAGCCAAUAAACCAGACUGUGUGGUCUUGUUUCCCCCU